AACCUGGAUCCUGCCACUAUCUUCCGCCCCCGCCCAAAGGCUCCCCAGCCUCGCCACCUGGCCUUAAAUGGCGGGCGCUUUGACUUCGACGAUGGGGGCUCUUACUAUGGCGGCUGGGAAGAGGGCAAGGCCCAUGGGCACGGGGUCUGCACCGGGCCCAAGGGACAGGGCGAGUACAGCGGCUCGUGGCACUUUGGCUUUGAGGUGUCGGGUGUUUAUACUUGGCCCAGCGGGAACACCUUCGAGGGGCACUGGGAACACGGGCGGAGACACGGACUGGGGGUAGAGACUAAGGGUCGAUGGUUAUACAAGGGGGAAUGGACUCAAGGGUACAAGGGGAAAUAUGGAGUUAUACAAAGCUUAGCUAGUGGUGCAAGGUACGAAGGAACGUGGAGCAGUGGUCUUCAAGAUGGAUAUGGACAGGAAACCUAUGCAGAUGGAGGUAAGGACAACAUUUUCUUCUUAUCGAUUGAUAAAAGCUAA